AGCUCCGGCCUUUAAAAGCAGCAUGUGUCAUCGCGACUUGGCUCUCCAAAUAUCACUCGUUUAGGAAUUACGCGCACCGAAAAGGGACGUCGGCGCGCAAAAGUCGGGCUUUCUCCAAACAACUUUGGGGCUAAACGUACCACUUCGCGGGCCCGCUCACUUAUUGAGUGGGAAAUAUUUGUAGAAGUUGAAAUAUCUUGUUGGCAGGACAGGUUGGCUCCCGAUUCAGUCAUAUUUAGAUUUUGGAAGACAUCCGAUCUCUUCACAAGGACGACCAGACGUCCAACAGACUCACCGUGGCGUGCGCACUAACAGCGCUGGUCUCACCUACACAGCAACACCCGGCUUGACGCUUGUUUUGGCUCCGGUAGAGUUGUUUUUAUAUAAAAGUGCGAGUAAGCCGUGAGAUGACCCUUUCUGGAGGCAGUGAACGAGCCAGUGACAUGUCCGGCCAAACUGUACUCACAGCGGAGGACGUGGAUAUCGACGUGGUUGGUGAAGGCGACGACGAGGGCAUGGAGAGGGUGGACAGCGACUGCGACAGCCCGGGAGGAGGCAUCUUGCACGAUCUCCGAGGAGAAACAGGAGACGAUGACUUGGAGGAUGAGAUCGAGGUUGAAAAGGAGGAGAUGAGGUCUGGUGGAGGGAGUCCGUGCUGUGAGAGCUCGGGGGAGGGAGAGCCGGGUACUGGGAAGGGAGAGGGUCACGACCAGAGCGCAGCGGCAGGAGGUGGGAUCCAGAAGCCAAAAAGCAGUCUGGUAAAACCGCCUUAUUCAUAUAUCGCUCUUAUUACAAUGGCUAUCCUCCAGAGCCCACAGAAAAAACUUACUCUCAGUGGGAUCUGUGAGUUCAUCAGCAACCGCUUCCCGUAUUACCGGGAGAAGUUCCCGGCUUGGCAAAACUCCAUCCGCCACAACUUGUCUCUCAAUGACUGCUUCGUAAAAAUCCCCCGGGAACCUGGCAACCCUGGAAAGGGCAACUACUGGACCUUGGACCCCGCUUCGGAGGACAUGUUUGACAACGGCAGUUUCCUUAGAAGAAGGAAACGGUUCAAGAGAGUUCAGCCGGAUGUGCUCAGGGAUCAGACUGCGCUCAUGAUGCAAAGUUUCGGGGCGUACAGCCUCGGAGGGCCCUACGGGAGACACUACGGAAUUCAUCCAGCUUACUCCCAUCCAGCUGCUUUGCCAUACCCGUAUAUUCCCCCUGUGGGUCCCAUGCUGCCCCCGGGGGUACCGCUAUUGCCCUCAGCGGAGCUGAACAGAAAAGCUUUCAAUUCUCAGCUCAGUCCGAGCCUUCAACUUCAGCUCAACAAUCUAAGCACGGCGUCCCUGAUAAAAUCAGAGCCAUCAAACAGACCGUCUUUCAGUAUAGAGAAUAUCAUCGGAGUCUCUAGUGCUUCCUCGUCUUCACCGGGCGCCGCUCAGGCUUUCCUGCGGCCUCCCGUGACUGUUCAGUCGGCCCUGCUGAGCGCGCAGUCUCUCUCUCUGACCCGGACCUCAGCCGCUAUCGCUCCCAUCCUCAGCGUACCUUCAAAUAUUAUUUCUGGACACGUUUUACCAUCGGCGGCGGCGGUGUCCAAAUGGCCUUCACAGUGACUUCAAAAAGAGAGAAAAAAAAGAAACUCUUAUUUUUAUAUAGAGACGUUAUCACUGGGAAGUGUGAAGAGCACAAAUCAAUAGGCAGCACUGGACUGUAAACUUAUGUAAAGACUGUUGAAAUACAGAGAAAAAAAGGAAGACAUUUCUGUACAGGUAACAUUUGUAAAUAUUUGUAAAGAUCAGAAUGAUUUUACCUGUUUGACUUUUAUUUGUCUUUUUUUCUUUUAUUCCAGUUUGAGAUCUGUGAUAUUAAUUUACAAUUUCUUUUUGUAUUGGAAGCUCAACAAUUUGGUUCCUUUUUUUAUAGGAAACACAAAAAGCUCUGAAAAUAGACUGUUUAUAAAAAUAAAUAUAUGUAAUUCUGUGUAGCUAUAUUGUGUUGUAA